AUGGCAUUAAGGGAGAUUCCCGGGGUACGUCGUGGUGCGACACUUUUCACUUGCAACGAUGGUUUCUAUUACCAGUAUAUUAGCAUAUCAAGGGUGAAAACACAUUACCGUUGCUACUUAAACACGUGGGUUGAACAUAGAAGUAAAAACAUUACAAAUAAUGAAAAUUUCCCUUGCCAUAAUCACAGCCCAGAUCCUCUGCUAGAAGCUAAGCAUGUGCUACGAGAAGCAAUAUUUCAGCGGGCCGAACGUGAAUCAACACAGCUGAAAAGGAUUUUUGACGAGGAGUGCAAUAAAGUUUCCAGUGAAGUAGCCCAAAGUUUGGCCUUUGGAACAAUCGAAUCAUCGAUGCGGAAAUGUAGAAAAUUGAAUUUUCCGAGACUUCCAACUUCUGCCAUCGAUUUUGCUGAUAUGUUGAAGGCAGAGGAGUGGGCUAGAUUCUCAGAAACAGAAUAGAAAGAUCUAUUGUUGUUGAACUGAAGUUUUUACACUCAACACUAUAAUGGCUGCAACAAUCGUGGGGAGAUGCGUAAAAUAAUGAAAAGAUUCAUGAGAUUGAAGAGAAUAAGGUGCUCUAUAGGCUCAUGAUUGGCACAGAUUUUUUCAUUCAAUCGUGGAAAAGUUAUAAGGCCAAAAAGAUGA